GCAGGUGAUCCCCGGUGUGCGUUCGUUCGGUGAGCGGAGGAUUUACCGGGACUUUGUGGCGGUUUGAGCGCUUUAAAGGAGCAUGAAGACGUCGGUGGUGUUCCUGCUCCUCCUGAACGUUUCCCAGCAUGCCUCAGCUGUGGAGCUGUAUGAGGGGGACUCCUUCAUCCUGCCCUGUAAGUUUAACACCUUUAGACUGAGAGACCCCUCAGUGUUGUGGAGCCGCUCUGACCUCAGUCCUCCAACCGUCCACCAGCGUCAGCUCCAAGGAGACGAACUGAAAGAGCAGAACCAGCGUUACAGCGGCCGAACAUCCAUGAAGACUGACGCUCUGGAGACUGGAGACCUCAGCCUGAAGCUGACCGACCUCCAACUGUCUGACAGCGCCACCUACACCUGCUCUGUUAGAGAAUAUGGACGUGAACUGAGUCGGAGUGACGUACAGCUGCAGGUCAAAGAACGGUUUCCAUCCUGGGCCAAAGCUCUCCUGGUUCUCCUGGUUCUUCUGGUGGUUUCUGGAGGUCUUUUAUUUCAUUUCCGGCAGCACUUCAUGUCAGGUUACAAGGUGGAGGUGGAGUCAGGGGUGGAGUCUGUCCAGCUGCCCUGUAAAACUAUAGUUCACCUGCCCAAAGGCACUAAGGUAGAGUGGAAGGACGGAGACAGCAGGAAGGUCCACGUGUAUCAGAGCAGCUCUGAGCAGCCUGAAGAACAGCACGACUUUUACAGAGGACGAACAAAGAUGGAGAGAAACCUGCUGAAACCUGGAGACCUCAGUCUGACCCUGAAACACCCCACAGACACACACACCUACACCUGCACCGCCUACAACAAGAGGGGAGACAUCCUGAUGGAGAAACAAGUGCAGCUGACAGUCAGAGUUUCCCAGCAUGCCUCAGCUGUGGAGCUGUAUGAGGGGGACUCCUUCAUCCUGCCCUGUCAGUUUAACACUUUUCUACUAGACAGACCCUCAGUGUUGUGGAGCCGCUCUGACCUCAGUCCUCCAACCGUCCACCAGCGUCAGCUCCAAGGAGACGAACUGAAAGAGCAGAACCAGCGUUACAGCGGCCGAACAUCCAUGAAGACUGACGCUCUGGAGACUGGAGACCUCAGCCUGAAGCUGACCGACCUCCAACUGUCUGACAGCGCCACCUACACCUGCUCUGUUAGAGACAAUAUAGGUGAACUGAGUCAGAGUGAUGUACAGCUGCAGGUCAAAGAACGGUUUCCAUCCUGGGCCAAAGCUCUCCUGGUUCUCCUGGUUCUUCUUGUGGUUUCUGGAGGUCUUUUAUUUUAUUUCUGGCAGCACUUCAUGUCAGGUUACAAGGUGGAGGUGGAGUCAGGGGUGGAGUCUGUCCAUCUGCCCUGUAAAACUAUAGUUCACCUGCCCAAAGGCACUAAGGUAGAGUGGAAGGACGGAGACAGCAGGAAGGUCCACGUGUAUCAGAGCAGCUCUGAGCAGCCUGAAGAACAGCACGACUUUUACAGAGGACGAACAAAGAUGGAGAGAAACCUGCUGAAACCUGGAGACCUCAGUCUGACCCUGAAACACCCCACAGACACACACACCUACACCUGCACCGCCUACAACAAGAGGGGAGACAUCCUGAUGGAGAAACAAGUGCAGCUGACAGUCAGAGUCCCCCAGGUGGAGGUGGAGGACGGGGUGGAGUCUGUCCAGCUGCCCUUCACAACCACACUUCACCUGCCUCAAGACGCUAAAGUGGAGUGGGUGGAUGAUUACAACAGGAAGGUCCACGUGUAUCAGAGAGGCUCUGACCAGCCUGAAGAACAGCACCAACGUUACAGAGACCGAACGAAGAUGAAUGAAGACCUGCUGAAAACUGGAGACCUCAGUCUGACCCUGAGUCGCCCCACAGAUGGAGACAGCUGGACCUACACCUGCACCGUCUACAGCAGGGAGGGAAACAUCCUGCUGAAGAGAAAGGUGCAGCUGAGAGUCAGAGUCCCCCAGGUGGAGGUGGAGGACGGGGUGGAGUCUGUCCAGCUGCCCUUCACAACCACACUUCACCUGCCUCAAGAUGCUAAAGUGGAGUGGGUGGAUGAUUACAGGAAGGUCCACGUGUAUCAGAGCGGCUCUGACCAGCCUGAAGAACAGCACCAGGAUUACAGAGACCGAACGAAGAUGAAUGAAGACCUGCUGAAAACUGGAGACCUCAGUCUGACCCUGAGACUCCCCACAGAUGAGGACAACAGGACCUACACCUGCACCGUCUACAGCAGGGAGGGAAACAUCCUGCUGAGGAAACAGGUGAAGCUGAGAGUCAGAGUCUGUCAGGUGGAGGUGGAGGAGGGGGCGGAGUCUGUCCAGCUGCCCUUCAGAACCACAGGAAACCUGCCUGGAGGUGUUAGAGUGGAGUGGGGACGCAUUGAACCUGAACCUUUACUGAAGGUCCACGUGUAUCAGAGCGGCUCUGACCAGCCUCUCAAACAGGACCAGGAUUACAGAGACCGAACGAAGAUGAAUGAAGACCUGCUGAAAACUGGAGACCUCAGUCUGACCCUGAGACUCCCCACAGAGAGAGACAGUGGGAGAUACAGCUGUGACGUCUACAGCAGGAACAUCUGGAUCAGAGUGAAAACAGUGAUGCUCAAAGUCAGAGUCUGGGGUUAA